AGAAAGAUGGAGAGCAUUACAUGACCCCAGAAGACUUUGUGCAGAAAUACCUAGGACUUUAUACAGAUCCACGUUACAAUCCUAAAACAGUGCAGCUGUUGGCUGGAGUGGCAGAUCAAACUAAAGAUGGGGUGUUCGUUUCUUCCGAAAUUUUUUUAAUAAAAGGACCUUUUUUACAGUAAGAAGUCAAUCUGUUUUAUUGCUACAACAGAACUCGACAAUGAGGCAUCGCUUUUUUGUUAUUUACUCUGUGAAUAUAAGUAUUUUUGUUUUGUUUUUUAAUCUGAGUAAUGUUGGAAGUGAGGUAAACAAAUAUGGGUAAGUGUACUUUAAUUUUAUAUGGAAACAUUGAAAUAAAGAGAAUUAUUAUUGUAUAAUCUGCAAUACAAAAUGUUUAUCUGUCUGAAUACCCGUUUUCUAAUCAGUAAUUCAUUUGAAGAUUGUUAUACCUGUAUCAUCAUAAUUGGUUUACUUCUGCAUUUGUAAUAUUCCUUUUAUUCCUUUUAUAGUAAUAUACCAAAAUCCAGACUCUUAUAUCAUCUCUACAGAGAGUUUAAUAUGUAGCAUGAAUAAAUAUUGUAAUCUUCUACUGAUUUCCAUUAAUUACAUCUUUCCAAGGACUUAGAUUUGCUUUACAAAGUCCAAGGAAGUAUCGCCAGUCCUAUUCCGUACGGGCCUUUGUAACUUAAAUGACAGGCCAAGGUCACAGAGCAAGCCACUGAGAAGCUUUGGUUCUGUUACGAAAUUCAAUUCCUGUAUCUGUUGUCAUAAACCAUUAGUCUUGCUUGCCCUUCAAAUAAGUACUCAAAAUGAUCUUUGUAACUUUUCUUUGUUAAUAUCUGUUGACUUCAUUUAGGCUUAACUUUGUUGCUUUAAGAAAAAAAAAAAGCACAUUUUGGAACUGUCUUUAUGCAAAUAUAUUUAGAUUUAUUUUUAUUUUUUAUCUUUUACUUCUGCUUGUAAUUUAAUACUUAACUGUUCCAACUGUUGCCUUCUCCAAUUACUACAGUGUAAGACUAGUUUGCUUUAGUAGAAUUCCCUGCGGCAGUUCUUAUAACAAGAGAUUCUUCAUUUUCAAAGCAUUUCUUCCACACUGCUACAAAUGCAUGUUCUGAUAAAUUAAUAUGAUGAGGUCUAAAUUUGCGUUUGGCCUUAAAUGACUGCUUACUCUGGCAUCUAUUUAAUACUGUAGGAUUUCAUUGAUGCUGCACUUAAGCAUUGCUAUGCCAUCAGACUACUGGCACUGCUUUUAAAAUUAAGAUUUAGGGUACAUGUCCUUUCUCAUACGUAGAGUGUGCCAGAACCAGCUUCUUCGUUACAUAAGUCUAAUCUGAUGUUAGCUGGUAUUCAAGUUGUAAAAUCAAAGAUUUUCUUCUCCCUCCAAACUUGCAAAAUUUCACAGUAUUCAUUCUAGAUUCUUCAUUUUAAUUGCUUAUUUCUGGCUACUCUGCUUAUCAGUAUAUUGUUGUUUGAAUUUGCAAGUGUGUUCCUAAGUGAAUUCCUGAAGAGAGAGCUGAUGGUUCACAUAAUGGACGGUCACAAUAGGGUUAUACAUUAUAUCUAAAAGCUAUAUUGUAUGUGUAAAGAGCAAAAAGUUGUAUAUGAAACAAAGAAAGAGUAGAAUUUAACCAUGUGGCUUACUUUGAAGAAUAACAUUACAGAAGAAAUAAGUUUUUUUUUUUUAAAUGUUACUAAUAAAAUGAGAGGUAAGUGAUUUGAUGUUGUUAUGGACUCUACAAUACAGCAGCUUCACUGAACGAUACUUGAAUAGUGAUUGGAUGGGAAGCUUCAUUGUUUCAUGUAAUCUACCUCCUGUUAACUCCACCCUGAUAAUGGAGGGUUACAGGAUCCUUGCUCUUAGGCAUUGCAAGUUGAACGUAUGGAAAGGAAAUUGAAUGUGUCUAUCUCCUUUUGCUGUAGGCCCUGUUAAAGGGAGACCUCUGAAGAAUGGCUUCUUUCAGGUUCAGGCUUCUACGAAUGCAUUCUACAGAGAUCAUCACUUGAUUCUGUCUGUUAUAAAGCUUCCUGGUUAGGAAUUAAUGCCAGGUGUACGCCUUUGUGAGAUAUGUUUGGAAAUUAUAGUAUUUACAAUUAUUUUAAGGGAUGUUCUGUUUCUUUGAUAUUAAGCCCUUAUCUAUCAAAAUAAUCAUUUGGAUGAAGUUGACUUCACAUCUGGAGAACCAUUUUCUCAUCUUUGAUUUGAUGGCUAAAGUGUGACAAAUUAGUAUCAUAAUUCUAUAUUUGUUAUAUCUUAAUUCCUUUCAAAAUCACUGUUUUCUGUAUUUUUCUGUGUGAUACAUUUAUGCAAGAAUGUUAAAAUAUGUGAUCUUGUUUAAAGUAUCUUGAUUCUGCAUAUACUUUGUCAGAGAAAGACUAGAUAAACUAAUGAAGUGUGGUUUGAAUUUUUUUUUUUUUUAGAGGAACAGAAUUUAUAUGUAUAUCUUCAACAAUAAGUGGAACAUAUGUGAAGUAAUCACUAUGAGCUAAUGAUCUUCUAUGAAGAGUACAUUUAGUACUUAUACUAAGAUAUGUUCUAAAGAGUACAUUUAUAAAUUCAGAUCAAUUAUGUACACUUGGAACUGGAUGGAAUAUUCUAAGUUGUCAGUCUAAGUCCCCUGUUUUUACAAGGGUGAAAUCACACAGUUUUAAGAAACCAUAUUUGCUGUUAAAACCUAGGGAUUUUGUCUGCAGCAUUUUGGAAAGGCCACAGUAUAUGCCCACUCUGAAUAUCUUUACAGAUAACGCAAUGCAAUUUUGUUCUUGUGCCAGUUAUCCUUCAUCUUCCAGCUUGAGGCUCAUCUUUCUGUAGCUUUUCUUAUAUAGAGCAUUUCUAUAUAUAGAAGAAUAUAGUGCCCUUAUAUAAAGCCCUUGUAGAUGUUUUUUUUUUUUUCCUGCUUGUCAGAAUAAGCUGAGUUCCUCUAGAGAAAUUCUUUAUGAUUUUCAUAAUAAGCUACUUGUGCAUCCAUUCAAGUCUGAGUUUAUAUGUGUUGAACACAAGGACUUUGAUUUGUAUGCAGCGUUCCAGAGAUGUCGUGAGAGCCCUAUCUGGUGAUACUGCUGCUUCCUCAUCUCGCACAGAAAAGCACCCCUGAUGCAUCCUGAGUUGCAUUUUUCUGCAUGGUUGAUUUCCUAUCAAGAAUUUUUGGCAUUUGAAUCUGUUUUGUGUACUCCAGAUGCAAUAUUCAUUGUUGCUUUUCAGUUAUUUGACAAGACUGGCAAUGGAGAAGUAACAUUUGCAAAUGUCAAAGAAAUAUUUGAACAAAGUACUAUACAUCUUCAAAUCCCCUUCAACUGGGACUGUGAAUUCAUUCGACUGCAUUUUGGACAUAACAGGAAGAAGCAUCUUAACUAUUCAGAGUUCACUCAGUUCUUGCAGGAGCUGCAGUCAGAACAUGCAAGACAAGCCUUUGCAAUGAAGGACAAAAAUAAAAGUGGUAUGAUUACUGGGCUGGACUUCAAUGAAAUCAUGGUUACCCUUCGCUCACAUAUGCUAACUCCAUUUGUGGAAGAAAAUUUAGUUUCAGUAGCUGGUGGAACUGUUUCACAUCAGGUCAGCUUCUCCUACUUCAAUGCUUUUAAUGCCCUUUUGAAUAACAUGGAUCUCGUUAGGAAGAUAUACAGCAAUAUAGCAGGUAUAAGAAAAGACGUUGAAGUCACAAAAGAGGAAUUUACCCACUCUGCAAUCCGAUUUGGACAAGUUACACCACUGGAAAUAGAUAUUCUCUACCAACUUACAGAUUUAUACAGUGUUACUGGGCGCUUAACUCUGGCAGAUAUUGAGAGAAUAGCACCGCUGGCUGAAGGUGCAUUACCUUACAACUUGGCAGAACUACAGAAGCAGCAAUCUUAUGGAGAGUUAGGCAGGCCUAUCUGGCUCCAGGUAGCUGAGUCAGCUUACAGGUUCACUUUGGGCUCAAUUGCUGGAGCUGUUGGUGCUACGGCAGUAUACCCCAUAGACCUGGUGAAGACUCGUAUGCAGAAUCAGCGUUCCACUGGUUCAGUUGUAGGAGAGUUGAUGUAUAAAAACAGCUUUGACUGCUUUAAAAAGGUUUUGCGUUUUGAAGGCUUUUUUGGUCUUUACAGAGGCUUGUUACCACAGCUGAUAGGUGUUGCUCCAGAAAAGGCUAUUAAGCUAACUGUUAAUGACUUUGUUAGAGACAAAUUCACGAAGAAAGAUGGUUCCAUUCCACUCCCUGCAGAGAUCCUUGCUGGAGGCUGUGCAGGAGCUUCACAGGUCAUCUUCACUAAUCCGCUGGAGAUUGUAAAGAUUCGGUUGCAGGUAGCAGGAGAAAUUACUACAGGACCCAGAGUCAGCGCCCUCUCUGUUAUUAAAGAUUUAGGUCUUCUUGGUCUUUAUAAGGGUGCCAAAGCAUGUUUCCUCAGAGACAUUCCCUUUUCUGCAAUCUACUUUCCUGUUUAUGCUCAUAGUAAACUGAUGCUUGCUGAUGAAAACGGCCAUGUGGGAGGGCUUAAUCUCCUUGCAGCUGGAGCCAUUGCAGGUGUGCCUGCUGCUUCUUUGGUAACCCCUGCUGAUGUCAUCAAGACAAGACUGCAAGUGGCAGCUCGCGCUGGUCAGACAACAUACAGUGGAGUUAUUGACUGUUUUGGAAAGAUUCUAAGGGAAGAAGGCCCUUCGGCUUUUUGGAAGGGUGCUGGAGCUCGUGUGUUCAGAUCGUCGCCCCAGUUUGGUGUUACUUUGGUCACAUACGAGCUUCUGCAGAGAUGGUUUUAUGUCGAUUUUGGAGGCCUCAAACCUUCUGGAUCAGAACCUACACCAAAAACUCGAAUUUCAGAUCUUCCCCCUGUUAACCCUGAGCACAUAGGUGGAUACAGACUUGCUACAGCUACAUUUGCUGGUAUAGAAAAUAAAUUUGGUUUAUAUCUUCCAAAGUUUCGGUCUCCUAGCACUGCCUCAAUCAAAAAGCCAGCAGCUGAAUCCUGAAGACAUCUUUCAGCCUAACAAAGUGAUGCAGUGCUAAAAAUUCCCAGAAGUAGUACUGUAUUUUUUCCAGUCAGCUGCAUGUUGUUCUAGUUGAACCGAGCUUGCGCAUUAAAUUACUCCUUUCUAAUAUUAAUAUAUACACAUGCAUUUAUUUGUUUAUGAACUAGUCAUUGGCACACAAACUGAUUGAAGCAGUGGUUCUAUGCCUUAUUUUUAACUGGUGGCAUGAAUCGUUAAGACGACUUUGCCUUGCACAGCUUGCAUUUAAUGUUACUGUACAUAUUGUACAUCUUUGUACAGAGACAUCAUGGCAUCUAUACACAUACGUUUAUAUAAGGGGUAGUGCAGUUCAAAAUAGUUUGAAAUGUACAGAAUGUUUUGAAAGCUUUUUGUUAAGACUCAUGUGACAAUAAAACGUUUAAAAACAUA